GAUUUGCUCCCUGGCAUUUCACUUCCGACUUUCUCAUCCGGCAAGCCUACCGCUUAUAUCUCUAAAAUAAGCAUGUCCUACCGUAACAAUGAUAGUAGAAUUUAUGUUGGAAAUUUGCCCCCUGACAUCAGGAGCAAAGACUUGGAUGAUUUGUUUUACAAAUAUGGCAAAAUUAUGUAUAUCGACUUAAAGAAUCGCCGCGGUCCGCCAUUUGCUUUCGUCGAAUUUGAAGAUCCACGUGACGCUGAUGAUGCAGUUCGUGGACGGGAUGGAUAUAAUUAUGAUGGAUACACUUUACGAGUAGAAUUUCCUAAGGAUUCCAACAGAGGAUCUCGUUCUCUGUAUCGUGGACGAGGAGGCGGUGGCGGUUACAGAGGGGGAGGAAGAAGAGGUGGACGAGGAGGCGGAAUGCGUCGACCAGAAAAUAGAGUUUUGGUAACCAAUCUACCUCCUUCAGGUUCGUGGCAAGAUCUGAAGGAUCAUAUGCGCGAAGCAGGAGAUAUUUGCUUUGCGGAUGUUUAUAAAGAUGGCACAGGAAUCGUUGAAUUUCUCCAUCAUGACGAUAUGAAGUAUGCUAUUCGUAAAUUGGAUGAUACGAAGUUUAGGAGCCACGAGAAUGAAACAGCUUACAUUCGUGUGAAAGAAGAUGCUGGUAGACGAGAUCGGUCAAGAUCGAGAUCAAGAAGCCAUAGCUUUGAAAAGAGAGAUCGAAGAAGUCCUAGCUACUCCCCGAUGAGAAGGAGCCGUUCUCUAUCUCCAGGUCGAUGAACCCUGGUUGUUCUUUUUUUUUCUUGUAGCCUGUUAUAAGUAAAAACGGCUAUUUUUAUAAAGAUAGUUUAAAGGUAAAAAAAAAUAUUUUUCACGCAGGAUUAUUUGAUCAAUCAUUUUGAAUUUCGAAAAUAAAAUGUGAUUUUUAGUAGGUGUACUAAAUAUAAGACGCAUCCAUAAUGUUAAUAGAAUUACUCUCUAAAGCGAUCUAUAUAACUUUUUUUGUUUCCAGAAUAGACCUAAAGUUUACCAAAGCAUUGAUUAAAUAUAUUCUAUUGCAUAGGUGUAUGAAGUGAACACUUUGUUGAUAAAUUAAAUGUAACUUUUGUUAUGUGCGAAUAAAGUGUUAUUUCGGGAAAGAAACCAAUGCAAAACUAAAAUUCAGUAGUUAUCAAAUUACUUGCUUUUUUGUAAUAUUAAAACUUAACGUAUGAGUAAACUCAUAACUUUAAAGCACUGAAAUUUUUUUUUAAACGUAACAUUAAUCAAAUUAAAGUUUUGAGCAAGUUUUAUUUUGUUGUGCAGUUGAUAUACUAUUAUGAUUCACUAAAAUUAACAAAGUAGUUUUCAUUGUGUUUAUUAUAUAUUAUACUAUACUAUUUUAUACGAUCAGUUUUAUUUGAAGGAAAUAACAUACUACUAAAAAGCUGGCCGAACAUAAAGUUCUUAUAAUUUAAGCAUAAAAGUUUACUUUCAGUCGACUUAUUUUUUUUUUCGUAAGAAUAAACAUGUGUUUGAUUUCAACAGGUAACCUCCUUUAUUCUUAAAAACCCGUAAAAAUUACCGGAUCUAAACUACCGGAUCCAUAGAGCGCCAAUGCCAAUCUAAAGCGUUAAAAAUCGAGCAUCUGAAAAAAGUAACCGUUUGAGAGACAUAGACCGAGAGUGGAUAGAUAAGAUGCUUACCAAUUGCGGGAGUAUUUUCUCCACAUGUUCUGGCAUCACUUUAUCCUGUGAUUCAAUCUGAAAAACCACACAAAAUCUCGAUUAGGUAGCUCACCCGAGAGCAUUUGAGAAUCCUUAGGAGCUUUUGGUACAUUUAGCUUAUCAUGACAUCGCUUAGAACUUUCUAGAAGCUGAACUUACCUGGGCGCGCUUUGCGGCUCUGACGACGAGCUCUGGAAAAUGAAGCUUGAAUGUAAGUUUGUUGUGAUAAAUUUAGGCGAUAUAUCGCGUAUUUUUUAACAUAUAACAACUAGUUGACGCGAUAUAUCAUGAUAACAUUGAUUGAUUCACAUUUAAAGCAGCCGAAUAAGAUUCAAAGCCAUUCAAAACUUGAUUGCAUACGAUGACUAGUACCCGUAGCCCACUCGUAUUGAUAUAUAAGGCCUACAGAAAUGAGAAGCCUAUACCCCAAGGACCAACCCUUGCUUUUCCAUCCACAACCCAACGCGAGAUUGAGUUUGUGUGUCUUGACUAGGGAACGCUACGGAUCACUUGUAAAUAUUUUUCCUUCAGUAGAUUUCAGGUUAUAGAUAAUCCAACUGCUCAACUAUUACGAAAUCGGAGCCACUACUAUCUUUCGUUAGUUGAGAGAAAAUUAUUAAUAUUUUCUUCAAAUUGUCAUCGAAGAGUUCGCUAACCCUCUCGUGACCAAUUUGUGUUGGUUUUGUUAUGUGUAACGUUACAUGAAUUUUUCAAAUACAUUUCACAAGAACCUAAAAAACUGAAUGUGUUUUCGAAUGUCCUACCUUCAAUAAAGCAUCCAAAAAGCUCAGUAGCCAACUGUGCAGCAUUGUUCUUCACUAAUUAAUCGUAAAAUUAAUAAAUGAGAAACAAGUAAAAAAAUUUAUCUAACUUUUGGUAUUAUCGCUCUUGAAGUUUAACUGAAGAGUUUUUCGGACUGUUUCCUAAAGAUAAAAUUGAGUCAGAAAUAAGUAAAAUUUACUUAUAAGCAUUAAUUUGUUACUGGUUUUAAAAAAGAAGCAGCAGAGCUUUCAUCGCAAUCUUUGCCGCUAUCCGCCAUAACUGAUGAAACUUUCACCAAUUUUGAAAACUGGUUGAAUUUAAAAUCUUGGGAGAAAAUAUUAACAAAUAAUAAAGUCAAGUUCGUUAAGUUCAUAUUGAAUGUAUUUG